AUGGGUGCAUCCUGCGGCCGAUUUGUUCAAGCCUACAAGCAUUUGCGGGCCAAGAUCCAUCGCGGAUCCACCCGUUUUGGGACACGCUCCGAAGAGUUGUGGGGAAAAGAUGAAAAGGUGGAGUUGAGAGUUUUUGCAGGGACCUGGAAUCUGGGCAAUGUGGAGCCAACAGCUGAUCUACAGGAUUGGUUGAAGCCUGGUUGCGACAUCUACUUGAUAGGUGUUGAGGAGUGUUGCUACACUUCUCCCCCAGGAUUUAGCAGCUGCUUUGAGCAUUGGCAUGAUUUGGUGCAGAGCUCUUUGCCAUCCUUGCUGACGUUAUGCCGACAUGACAUGGGCCACUGUCAGAUUCUGUUCUUGGCCACUGAGCGCGUGAGCAAGAGCAUCCAUUCAGUGGUGGCCAGUCAUGAAGAGACUGGUUUGGGAGGCUUGUAUUCCAACAAAGGUGGCCUGGCCUUGUCCUUUUGGAUCGGCGACAAUGCCAUUUGUUUCGUGUCCUCACACUUGGCCGCGCACCAAUGCAACGUCUCACGCCGCAACUUGGACUCGGCCCACAUUAUCGAAGGGAUUUGUUUGACCACGGAUUCCCAGAGACCUUUGACGAACCAGUUUCAACACGUCAUUUGGGUAGGUGACUUGAACUACCGGCUUGACAUUGAGAGAAAGGAAUGUCUAGAGCUGAUCCAGAACAAUCGCUGGGAGAAGCUUCAGGAGUACGACCAGCUACUCAAGGUGCAGGCUGAUGGCGAGGCCUUCUGCAAUUUCCGGGAAGGGCCUUUGAAUUUCGCUCCAACAUACCAGCACAUUCCAGGAGAGCCGCUGGAUCCAGAGACGGGUCUGCGGCCAUAUGAUAAGAGGAAAGCGCGGGUGCCGUCCUGGACAGAUCGAGUCUUGUGGCGAUCCUUUCCAGAUGCAGAACUUGAACUUGAAGCUGGAAGCUACAGCAGUUCCCCUCAGAUUUGCAGCAGCGAUCACUCUCCUGUUGGAGCGAUUUUCCGCAUGUCGGUGAUGAGACCCUACCACAUCUUCGAGAAUGCCUCGGAGCGCAGGAUUUACAUCCGCUUGAGCAGGCUGACAGCAACGGGUCUUGGAGGAGGUGAUCAUCACAUCUCCUUUCGAGCGCAAUAUUGUGAGGAGGACAAGCACACCAGCAAUGCCACCAGCAAGGAUGGCAAGGUGACGUUCCACACUGUGGUGCUCACAACGAAACGAGGUGUGUGCAGCAGAAAGUGGAUACAAACACGUCACAUACUGGUGGCCAUCUACAAAGUGGAUGAUGCCCUCGAGAGCGCCCACAUGCGCUCACACCCAGUGUCGACUAUUAUGGCGUUGACGGGUCUGGCUGAAGAUUUCGAGGAACCCGAUGGAUAUGGUGUCAUCAGCCUUUUGGGUGCAGCGGCCGGAGCCAAGAAAUUCACCGCUCCCAUCAGUGACAGCCUGGGCGUCAUCGUGGGAAGCUUGCACGGCCAAGUUCAGAUCAUGAAACCUCCAGAGGAGGAAGCGGAUCAAAUCUUGAACUACAAAUCUGGGACGUUUCUCAACUCAGCCCAGUCGAUUAGAAAGGGCUCAAAAGGCUCUGCAAGCUGGUCACCCAGAGACACCAACGACGAUGAUUCGGUUGUGCCGUCCUGCUGCUUGAAUGUAGGUGCGAAGCCCUUUGACGAGGCUGCCGUUCAGCGACUUCGCUUCAUAAUGCUUGCAGCAGUGACAGCAGCAGCCAUGAAUGUCUCCCAACCAGGUUGUGAUCCCCCAAGAGCUGCUCAAUUAAGCAAGGUGCUCUCCAAAAUGAAGUGA